AUGGUGGAAGGGCCGGGUUGUACUCUGAACGGAGAGAAAAUUCGGGCGCGGGUGCUCCCAGGCCAGGCGGUGACCGACGUGCGGGGAAGCGCUCUGCAGAGCCUGGAGGGCCGCGCGCUGCCACACGCUGCGGUCUCCUCCCAGGUGAGCUACCUGUACCUGGCCAUGGGGCCAGCAGGGGGACAUGGAAUAAAGACCCCAACAGGUUUCCAAGGUCCAGAGUGUCAUCUCUUUGCUCUGGUCCAGGUCCCCUGGGGCCCCGCCUUUCCCAAAGUUUAUCUUCACUUCCUGGGAGGGAGAAGCUCCCUAGAGCGCCUGCGUGGAACAGGACUGCUGGCGCCGGGCUGUGGAGUUUCUCCUGUCUUUGAAAUACAGCUUACCAAAGAUUUGAUUUGUUUCUUUGACUCAUCAGUAGAACUAAGAAACUCAAUGGAGAGCCAACAGAGAAUAAGAAUGAUGGAAGAAUUAGAUAUAUGUUCACCUAAAUUUAGUUUCUCAAGAGCAGAAAGUGAAGUUAAAAAGCAGAAAGGUCGGAUGCUAUGUGAUGUGUUAAUGGAUCAGAAAGUGUUGCCUGGGGUAGGGAACAUCAUCAAAAAUGAAGCUCUCUUUGACAGUGGUCUCCACCCAGCUGUUAAAGUUUGUCAGUUAACAGAUGAACAGACCCAUCACCUUGUGAAAAUGAUACGUGAUUUCAGUGUUCUCUUUUACAGGUGCCGUAAAGCAGGAUCUGCUGUGUCUAAACACUACAAGGUUUACAAGCGUCCUAAUUGUGGUCGUUGCCACUGCAAAAUAACUGCGUGUCGCUUCGGGGAGAAUAACAGAAUGACGUAUUUCUGUCCUCACUGUCAAAAAGAAAAUCCUCGACAUGUCGACAUUUGCAUAGUUGGGAUAGAAAAUGACGAGACUGAAAACACGUGUGAAGAAGCCGGUGCAGAGUCAUGGACUAGAAAUACUAUAAUCAGUUGGACAUCUAGCAGGGUGGAUCAUCUUAUGGACACUGUGGCUCGGAAAUCUGAAGAACAGUGGACGUGCGGGGUCUGUACACUAAUAAAUAAGCCCUCUUCUAAGUCAUGUGAUGCUUGCUUGACCUCAAGGCCUAUUGGUUUAAAGGAAUUGCCAGCUUUAGCAGACAGUGUCCACCUGCUCCUUGAGGUCACCAGGGCCCAUUGUUCCCGAUCACAGAGCAGAUGUGAGGUUGUGCUGGCAGCACAUGGGCCUUGUCCGGAACCCCAGGACACCCACCACCGGCGCAAACUUCAAAUUAAUAUGACAGAUGGUCCUUGUACCUUAAAUACUGGCAGGCCUCGCUGCAGUAAACACAACCGCCUCUGCGUGCUCCGAGUCGUGAGGAAGGAUGGCGAGAACAAGGGCAGGCAGUUUUAUGCUUGUCCUCUACCUAGGGAAGCACAAUGUGGAUUUUUUGAAUGGGCAGAUUUGUCCUUCCCACUUUGCAGCCAUGGCAAACGCUCCAUCAUGAGAACGGUGUUGAAGAUCGGACCUAAUAAUGGAAAGAAUUUCUUCGUGUGUCCUCUUGGGAAGGAAAAGCAGUGCAAUUUUUUCCAGUGGGCAGAAAAUGGGCCAGGAAUAAAAAUUAUACCAGGAUGCUAAUAUUUUCUCCUUCUGUAGAAUAUCUGGCAUUUAAUCUCUUCAAACUGUGUGUAAUGUUUAGUUUCCUUUUGUUUAAUAGAAAGGUUGGAGAAUAUCUAUGGUAAGUUGAAAAGUUAUACAAUAUUUGAGAAUGUUCCAUUUUUUUUAAAAUAUGCGCCAUCUUUCCAUCCUGUGGCUAUGUGUUUUCCUUUUACCUUGAUGAAUGCUCUGUGUGUUUCAUCAGAUGUACAGCAUAUUCCAUCUAGAAUGUAUAUUUCAUGCAUUUAGUAAUGACAAUAAAGUAUUUUUAGUAUGCUCUAGGUCUCUUGUAGCUUUGGGGAAGCAGGGAUUUUGUUUUAGG